AUGGCCUCGGAAACAUGUAAGAGAAUCACGCACAGUUUCAGCACGAUCCCCGUCUCACCUCCUCGCUGGCCCGUACACAAGUCCCUGACAUCCAGGGUCAAGGAAAUCUGCGGCACCAUCAACGCCUUUGACGACGACGCCGGCACGCCCCUCUUCACCAAGGCCGCCUUCCGCGACCUGGCCCGAAUCAUCGCCGAGUCCAGUAUCCGCCCCGUCCAAGCCAAAGUUGUCUCUCUCCACUUCCCAAUAACGAUUAUUUAG